AUGCAAGACCCUGAAAACUCAAGAAACCAACAUGAAGAAACACAAGAACAUGAAUAUUCCACUGAAGGGUUUCAGUCUUUCGCCCAAGAUACGACUUUACACGGUGCAAGAUUUUUGUUCGUCAGCAACGUUUCCAGACGUGUAGUUUGGAAUAUAGCUAUGGUCUCGUGUUUUUCCUUCUGUGCUUAUCAAGUGUUUCUAUCUGUGAGAGAUUUUUAUAGCUACCCAUUCCACACGACGGUAAAAAGAGAGACAGCCCCUAAGGAUGGUCGAGAGCUUCCCUUUCCUGCCGUGACGCUGUGUAACCUCAACCCUACAAACACACGAAGAAUUCGACAGCUGUACGGCCCUGUCUUCCAUGUAACCCCUACCGAAGAGCAGCUCAAACAGACAAUCGAGGAUUUGUCCCAUUUGUUUGCAAGGUCGCCAAAAGUGUUAACGAAAGAAUUUAAAGAAAGGAAUCCCGAAUUUUUUCACCGACCCAAUUCCCUCGAAGAAGUCAAAAAGAAGAUGGAACUGGACGCGCUCUUCAGUCAUCAGAUUGAAGAGAUGCUGCUACCACGAGGCUCGACCUUUGAAUCGUGCUCUUUAAAUAGAGAGGCGUGUGGCCCGAAGAAUUUUAGCAAGAAAGCGAGCAUUUCUUAUGGCCAGUGCUACACGUUUAAUUCGGGAAAAAACGGUCAUCCACUUCUAAAUGUUACACUAGCAGGCAAGGACAGUGGCCUAAAGCUUCGACUAAAUAUAGAAAGAGAAAAUGACCUCAAAAAUCCUGUAGCGUCAGUUGGGCUCACACUACUGAUACACGAUCAAAAAGCUUUUCCCUUUAUGGAAGGGCAUGGAGUUAUUAUUCAACCAGGAAUGUCAACUGUCUGCGCCAUUAAGAGGAGAAAGGUUAGCUUUAUACUCGGAAUUAUUCGUUGAUAUUCGACCAAGUCUCAUUUGGUUACAUGUUUGUUAUUCCUUCUAUUUCAUCUCUGGGCUCGUUUCCCUCGCUCUUUUCGGGAGUUCUGCGAGAGACACGUAUUUUUAGUAUUAUCUUUAGCUUUUCACGAUUUUUAGUUCAAAGUAAGAGUUCUUAACAAAUACGAGACAACAGCAGCUGUAUGUCAAACAAACUCCUUCUCCCCAGGGUUUCGUCUUUGCCAUAAAUUUCUCAAGAACAAGGCUUUCUUAAAAAUUGUUAAAUUUGCGAUUAAUAUGCGCGCGCCGUGGAAAAUUACAGAUUAAAUGGUUUGUGUCCAUGCUGUAGCAUAACGCCAAUUUUCAUACUUUUAUGGCUUUUUUCUCCCUCAGUGAAUCUUUUUCAGUUUUCCAGAUUUAACUGUAUAUAAUUGUUAACUUACGUUCGUGUUAUCCUUCCAUACAAAGCUUUGAAAUUUCGAUUUUUUCACGGCGCUGUUUGAAUGUUAAAUAAUUUUAAAACUUUUAUUAUUGCUUCUGUUGUUCUUGGUAUUAAUAACAAAAACUUCAGUUGCUUUUUGAAAUCAUAGCAACCGGUUUGAUUAAUUUUUAAGAAUUAGAGACCUUCGUCAAAUAGUGGUACUUGAUUGGUCUUCAAAUCAAUCAAUCAAUCAAUCAUUUAAUUUGUGUCAUAGAGUAGGCUAUAAAAGGCCUAACAGGUUAAUACUAAUAAUCUAAAAAUUUAAAAAAGAAAUGUAAGAAGUACUCAGGUAACACCCUCCCGCAACCCACAUAUUGAAACUGUAGCUCUUCCUUUUGCAGUAUUUGAGCGGUAUUUGUUUAUUUUGUACAGCCAGCAAGACCGCGUUAAUUGCUUGCUGGCAUUAAUCCCUCGCAUUUCAAUAGUCUGUACGUAAACCCCGAGAAGCACAGAAAAACAAUCUAGAGCUCUUUUAGUACCAUGGUUUUUUGGUGAAACUAAGGGCUUUUCUAUUUUUGUAGAUAAGUAACUUAAAGUGGCCAUAUGCAACAAACUGCACAGAUCAAACCAAUGGCGAUACUGACCCCUUUUAUAGCUAUACUAAAGAAGCUUGUCUGAGAAAAUGUCGCGACGAUUACACUACCAAGAAAUGUGGCUGCACGCUCCCUGAAGUUAACGGUAAUUUAUUUAAGUAUACUAUGGUUCUUUAUACCUUGAUUUUGUUUUUUGAUUUCCCAUUUCGGACCAUGUGACGUUACCCCAAAAAACUGUCUCUUUCGCACGUCAUCCUGUCCACAUAAGGUAAAUUCCCUUGAAAACACUUGAUUCGUACACAAACCGAAAAGGUCUAUUGAUUCCUGAAAACAAACAUAUCGUAAGUUAGCUUUUGCAAAUAGACGAUUUUCGCUUGCAGGAAUAUACGUUGAUCUUAGUUUGGACUGGACCUCUUCAUUUUCCCAGUCAAACUAAGCUUUAAACGUUUGGUUGGUAAUAUAAUCUGAUAUAAAGGAAUGUCACGUCUCUAAACUUUUGUCGCGCACAUAAACUUUGAUGCGCAAGUUAUACAUGUGUGGUAAGUGGUAAAAAAUAUCUCGGUUAUUGUAACAAAUUUGCCGUACGUUUUGAUAGCGCUUAAGAGCUGGAACAUAGAGCUCAACUAGAUAUACGUCAGCUUUCCUUUGCAUCUCUCAGUUGUUUUGUUUUACAGCUAGUGGCCCGAUUUGUGCAUUGAAUGACACGAUGCUGUGUCUUUAUCCAUCCCAAGGUACGUAAAUCAAAUGAUUUUUACAUAUUCGAUGUGAGAGUUGAAAAUAAAAUUGAUCUACGGAUAGAGAAAGGCAAAAAUGAGAAACGUGUCGGGACUGGGAGACACAUAUAGGAUCAUUAGGGAGAGAAUCGUUCGUGUUCACUGGAUAAUGCAUUUAUAUUUUUACUUCAAAUCAAUUUAUCUUGUCACGGGCAGUAUCGUGAUUUUGAAGCUGAUGGAUUGUACUUCCCCUUAUAGGUUCCAUUUGUUGUAUAUAGGGCAGUUGGGUUCAGCUCAACCUCGUGUCGCUCUUUUUUUUGUUACGGUACUUUGGCUAUCUUCCAAAGUAUUAAAGGGAUAACGAAAGGAUAGCGACAAGGGUAUACUACAAGCUACAAUAGCCGGUCUUUAUUUAAGUUGUCUGCAGAGCAUUUUUCUUCACCGUCUUUUAAUUGUGCUAUUGGCAGUGCUCUGGGCGUUUUUGUCCGUCUUUACAGCAGUUAGAGGCAUGAAGAUCGCGGUCUUCUAUGCCUGUUCGCUUACGGUUUCCUGAAGUUAAUAAUGUUAACUUUCUCAGAGGCCUUGAAACAGAUGGUACGACACCGUUGUCUUUUCAGGCAAGCGUAAUAUAUACCAACUGACUGAGUAUGCGAUUCCCCUACUAAGGAAUAAGCAGGAUGAUGAUUACUGCUGUAACAACGCUUCACCAGUGGAAUAAAAUUAAAACUAAAUCUCUCAUAAAGGUCUAAACUUAGCUCACAUUAUCGAAUCGUGGGUGCAAAAUCAAUCACUUGGGGAAUUAUGUUCCGCAAUGAUAGGAAGAGCCGAAAUCGGAGGUUGAAAAAGCAGCCUCUGUAUGUUACGAAAAAUUCAACCUUACGGUGUUUUUGGGCCAUCCAUCUUUCGUAAGGUGGCAGAUGAGCCCAGUACUUGAAACUCGCUUCCUUCUUUCUUCUUUCUUCUCAAAGAUAAAUGUAGCCUGUGUACAGACGUCCCCCCUCCCUCAGGAAAAAUCGGGAGAGGAGGCGUCUGUGAAUCGCCGUCUGUUAAUCGUGUUCCGGUAUACAUUUGCAUAAAUUAUUUUUUUGUUCUUUCGCUGACAGUUGAAAAGGCACAUGAAGGUCGAAAAUAGCUCUGGCGUCUGUGCACAGCUAGUCGAACAUCUUCACACAAUGUCCACCCCAAAAAAACAAAUAUAAGAUCUCUGACUACAGUCAAGCCAGGUCAAGCGUACCUCCUAAGAUGCAUUUAUCAUUCGAAAGUUGAACUGUUGGUAGUUGUAGAUUUCAGAUUCAUCUAUGUGUGCAUUCUUGCAUGCGUAAUGAGCCGUGAAUUCGCACGCGAUUCAGUCACGAAAUUUCUACCAGCUCAGUUUCCCUGAAUUUGAUGUAAAUGUCUUCUAAGACAUUUAAUCCAUUCAAAGAUUUUCAAUCUGACCAAAUGUAGAGAAGUUCUCUUAAAAUAUUCACUGCUCAUUCAGCAUACGGUAAUGCCGAUUUAAAUUUGACGCCAGUUACGGGAACGACGAACGGAUUCAUUUUUUCAAAUAAUCAGUUCAGUAAUAGAAUCUUUUCUUGGUAAGCUUGACCUGCCUUUGCUGUUAAGGUUGGAUUUUGUAUGCCUUCUCAUUACAGAAACGCGCCCAUUCAAAAACGUCGAUCGUGAAAAUGCAAAUAAGUGAAAAAUGACGUUAAUUUAGUGUCAAUCAAGAAAUCCCCUGGGUAUAUCCCUUUCCUAGUUAUUGUUCCUGCUCAGACAUCCGCAACAUUUGCCUAUUCUUCGAUGAAGAAUAGAACUUCACGCGACUAACAAUAGCUCAAUCUGUUUAAAAACUGUCUAAAUUUACUCCGAAUUAGCAUGUGACUUUUUGCUGUUAAACGCUUCAAAAUUGAAAAAUCCUCGAUGAUUGUUGUUGAUUUUGCCGUAAAUAAUUCAAUGCACUGACUUAAAAUGAAUUUCUACCUUUUACAAACUUCUUGGUGUUCGAAUCGAUCGAUGAAAUAUGAGCGCAACCGAUGCGUUAAUAGUUUGUUUAAAUUUUGUCACGGGUUUUGGAUAAUAUUAUAAACCUUAAAAUUUACGGGCAAAUUCGACGAGAAAGCACUCUCACUUACAUUCUUCAUUUAAGAUAUUGAUUUUAGCAAAGUAUAAGGCAAAAUUAAGAGCGAUACUUUCUUUAAGAACGCUAUAACUACAUAUUUAACGGCCAAACCGAAACAGCGAUCUAAUCCGUCUCUUGAAAACAACUACAAUACCGCUUCUGAAAAUAAUAUUCAUAAACGCUACAAACAUUUUUAUUCAAUCUUAUCGAGUGAUUUUCGUGAAGAUGAGUUUUUAAGUGAAGAAUACUUUGGUUUCUGAUUAGCUUUAACUGUUUUGCCAUCAAAACGAUUCGCACGAGACUACUGAAUUCGCGAGGGUUUUAUGUUAGUGCACGAGGAAGAAAAAUGCUUCUCUUUGCAUAAACAUUUUCUUCUUUGUAGCAAUGACAAAGACAUUCCAACACAUAAAACAAUGGCAACCUACUUCUAUUUUUUCUGCAUUGUCUCUUGAAAGUGUGAGAAUAGUUAACCGCUAUGAAGUUCAUAAGAGACCGAAAACGACGGUAGUCUUUGAAACUUCGUUUUUGCUCGCAAAGCCUAAUGGGUACCCCACUUUUCACGGGCGACGUUUUUCAAUGGGCGCGUUUCUGUAAUGCUUUUAUUUACAAUACCGACCGGUACAGACAGACGCACCCGCAACCGGUGCAGCAAACAUCGGUGGUCUUAACUUCUCAUGCCUUUUCCAGAGAACCGAAAUACAAAUACCGGUAAACAAAUAUGAAUGUCCACAAAGGCUGAGCUUUUCCCCGGGGAAUCUAUUCUGAGGUUCAUUCACCAAUCACAACACCGGAAAUUAUUUGCGUCAUGGCAUUAACAUUACAACCAAUCAGAGGCUGUCCCCAACAUUUCAGGGAAACGGGAACACGAUUAUCAUCGGCGAUUCACAGACGUCUCCUCUCCCGAUUUUUCCUGAGGGAGGGGGAUGUCUGUACACGGGCUAAGAUAAAUGAAAACGAUUAAUAGACACUGUUAGGUUUGAGAAAUAAAAUGAAAAGGAGCGAUGGUUACUAGAGCGUGAAAGUCACGGCUUCUAAGGCUAUACAAUACAACCCUGUUUAUGAAUAAAAUGACCAGAAUAUUUCCAUCUUAUAUAUUUUUUGUGGAAUGACGUUUUGAUGAUUUUGCUAUGUAUUCUGUAGAGGAGUUUGGCAAGUCUAAAGAUAAAAAGGUGUGCGAGAAGAACUGUCCUGAAGCAUGUAAACAAGUUGAGUACGAGGUGUCUUUGUCAUAUGGUGGACUACAGAGAGAAGCUCUGAUUGAGCAUCUGAUGGAAUUCCUUAAUGAAUCCGACAGCUCAUCAGUUGGUCGAGAUAUUUACGCGCCUUUGUUGAACAUGACCAAGCAUGAGAGGGAAGAAUUUAUAAAGUAAGUGCUCCUUAUUGAAAUACAGUCUAACUGUUUUGACGACUUCAGACAAUUCAUGCGUUUCACUACCCGACACAAUUAGUCAGCCUUUCUACUAUCAAUGUAUUUCGAGACCAUCUGCCUUAUUCUCCGAUGUAUCUGUCUCCUUAUUGGUUUAUUUUAGUCAUUUCUUUAUUUCAUUGCUUCCAGCCUUAAAUACCAAAGGCAUGGUUAAAGAAUAACAAAAUUUUUAAUUAAUCCGCAGCGAUAACAUUAUUUCAUUGGAUUUAUACUUUGAAGAUCUUGCUUACGAUGUCAUUGAACAGACGCCAAUUUACCAACCAUGGACGUUAGUUGGUUAGUAAAGCUGUUAUUAAAAUUACGCGAAUAUAUGGUAUGCCAAUGAGAAGUUUUACACCGUAUAAAUAUGGGUAAUAAAGGUUGAGGAAUACUGCAGUUACUACAAAAUAAUUCAUAUACUAGAGCUUUUCACGAACUUUGUGAGAAUUUUUGUAUCACCAUGACAUUGCCCAUUUUAGAUAUAAUAUACUAAGCUAAAAUGUUGCUCAUAUUAAAAAGUUAAAAACAGUUAAAAAGACGACAACGUUCCGUCGUUCACCUAACUCCUUAUUAUCAAGUCAGAAAAGAAGUGCAUGUUGCAAAAUAUAAAUACUGAAGGAGCAAUGCUUAAUUAAAAAUUAUGAAUCGUCCAUUAUGAAUCGUCAAGAAUGCUAGUUCAAAACAGAAUUUUGUAAGAUAAGAGGACAGGCACAAAAAAAUGGUGUCAAUUUAUUUUUUACAACAACAAAAGCUCGAAAAAGUCAAAUUUCCAGUAAAAAUGAAGAAAACACAACAAAAUUUAUGAUUCUUUAAACUAGCGCAAUGAUUGUCAGUAACGUGUCUCGCCUUGGCGAUUGGCUACUGAAAACAAGUAAGUGAUGGAGUUUCAUUGGCUAAAAAUUUGACAGGUUCAGUCACGUCACUGCCCUGAAUAAACUAGGAAUUUACUGUUUUACAAAGUUCAGAACAAGAAUGAGAUUAGUGAUGUUUAUUUUCUCGAAAAAUGGAGGCAUUUUGGGGUAGUAUAAAGUCGUAAACUAACCCAAGGUUAAAAAUUACUCCAAGGGAAGAUUCUGGAGCCGUUAAAAUAACCGAACAAGUCGAAGCAUUGUACGGUUGAGCUGUGUAUAGAGCAACUAGGUAAGCAGUUUUGAAUAGUUGCUAACCCAAUAGCGCGAUUAGAAAUCGUGAAGCUGUUGCUUACCUUAGUUCAAGUCUUUUUUUUCGUCGUGAACUUCGUACAAUCAAGCCAAAAGUUGGUUUUCAUGCGCAAGUCAACUUACCAGGUACGUACUUACAAAGUUUCGCAAAGUAUGAACAGAAAGUUUGUAUUUUUUUUGCUUUCGAAAAGAAGAAUCAGAAAAACACUCAAUAGUUGUCAAAGGAAAACUACUGCAAUUAAUGUCUUUAUUUUGAAUAUUUUCUCAGUAUUUUUACUUUACAACUAUGUAUGAAUAUCAAAAGCCUAUCUGAAUCGCAGUUUUGAAGCUGUACAAUUUCCAGCAAGUCGUCUCCACGUUUUGGAAACUAGGCGUUUUUGUCCAGUUUCCUCUGCUUGUCGGAUGAGCCUUUUGUAUGGAAUCCAAACCGGAUGCAAGUCGUGCAUCAGAGCUAUUUGACGAUUUUCCUGUUAGACAGAAAGUGAAGCUUCUACGAAACUAAACUUAACAAAAACAUCGAAGUUUGGCAUUCGUUCGGCAAAUGACUGCUUUUUGCAUAAAUUAAAAUUUUAUGUGUCUGUCCUCUUAUUGAUCAUAAAAUCAGCCAAUCAACGCGCAAAAAAAUUCCGUUAUUGUAAAAUCUUUAUUCAGCAGUUGAGAAGAAUGCGUCGUCCAUUUUGUUUCAAAAUUGUAUGGAAUUGGCCAACAUUGUUGUACCCACGCAGACAGUCUUCUUCUGUUUAAUGUUGUUGGUAUACACACUUUAAAUUCCAGGCCCAGAGUAGGUUCUAUUGUGGCUUCUUAGAGCAUGUAACCUAAAGGUCAGUAAAAAAAAAAAAGGAAGAUGAAUUUGGAAGAUUUUCGUAGCUCACCAAUAUUCUAUUGGUCAGUAGGCGUCGAUCGUUAAGAGGGCCUAGUUGAAGCAAUGUAAAUUGUGGUUUUCUUUCUAUUUUUCUUGCACCGUAUUAAAAAAUUUAAAAAUAAACAAACAAAAAAGAAAGCAAUAGACUGACCUCUCUAUUGGUUACGUUUCCUACGUUAUAACUGCCACCAAGACAUGGGAUGUAGAAACAACUUUUGAACAUAUUGGUGGUUUCCAGCAUCUGUAGUGGGCUUGUAAUUCGGGUAAACUAACAGAAACGUUGUUCAACUGGUGAUAUAACUUAUUUCCAGUUUCGUAUCAUGUGAUCUUUUCAUUUUGUAAGACCACGGUUACCAAAACAACAAAUCAGUGAUAAUAAAGAAAUUAUUCGGUUAGACUCCAUUUAGGCAUUGGUUGUAUAUAUUCCGAUCAACAACCACGACCUUUUCCUAGAUAUACUGCCAAUAAGUGCUAAUCAUACUAUUAUUAUAUUUAUUCUACAAGGAAAUUUGGGUGGUACGUUUGGUCUUUUCUUGGGAAUGAGCUGCCUGACAGUACUUGAAUUUGUGGACUUUGUCUUCAGGCGAAUUUAUCACUGGUUCAAAAAACGAAAG